AUUGGAAUACUCCGAGCACAAGCAGCCAACCAACAGUGGCUCCACUGCCACAAACUGAGGCUUCCCCUCCAGUCAUUGACGAAGAGGAGUGGAACCCUCCACCACAAAAAAAAAGAAAAAGCAAUUUGACAAAAAUGUUUUUAGAUAUAGACAGAAAGACAAGGGAGUAUGCUUCAGAGCGUGAUAGGGUAUAUGAGGAGUUAGAGAGAUAUCGGUUGAGAGUUAGAGAAUUUGAGGUACGAGAAAGAGUAAGACAGCGAGAUGAAGAGCUACGGAUGCAGGGUCAAUGGCUGGAAUUUAUGAAAGAGGCAAUGGAAGCUUUUGUGAGGUUUAUGGAGAGAAAGUCAAGUUAAGCUUAAUUACUAUAUUUUUUUUACCAAUUACUUAAUUAUUUUAUUUUAUUUUACCAAUCACUAUAUUUUUACAACUUUAAUAAACAAAAGUAAAAUUAUGUAUGAAGUCUAUUAAUUUUAUCCACUAAAAUACUUCUUAUAGCACUACCCCUAAUUAACCCAUCUCCUCUAGUAUUCUCUUGGAAAAUAUGUAGAAUCACCUGGAAAUAAUAAAAAAACCUAGUUAAAAUAAAUUAAACUUAGUCUGAAUAUUUGUAAAGGUUAUUAAUAAAAUAUUAAUAAUAAUAUGA